GGCGGACUCUCCCGGGUCGCGUUCUCCUGUGUCCCCUCCAUUCGCUGCGGCCCCGCUCUCCGACCAUGAUCUGGCGCCGCGCGGUCCUUGCGGGGACGCGACUCGCCUGGAGCGGGAGCGGCUCGGCCUCAAGGAUGGGCAACAGCACGCCGUCCCACUUGGGGGAAGCCCGAAAGCUGCUCCCGGGAAUCAGAUCCAAACUCCAGGAAACCAUUUCUGAUAACUGUGUGGUGAUUUACUCAAAGACAUCCUGUUCCUACUGUAACAUGGCAAAGAAGCUUUUCCACGACAUGAACAUAAGCUACAAAGCGGUGGAGCUGGACCUGCUCGAAUAUGGAAGCCAGUUUCAGGACGCGCUUGCCAAGAUGACUGGCGAGAGAACUGUGCCAAGGAUAUUUGUCAACGGGACUUUUAUUGGAGGUGCCACCGACACCCACAGGCUCCACCAGGAAGGGAAACUGCUUCCACUGGUUCAUCAGUGUUACUUGAAAAAAGGCAGCAAGCAUGUUGGCGACAGUGUUUGAGGAUGUCUCACUAUGUGACCAGUCCUCAUGAAAACGUUGUUAAAACGAUGAACAAUAAAUCGCUCUGGAAACCUCA